ACGCUUGCGUCUGAACUCACCUUUAAACAAGUGCACCGGCCCGAAUCGGCACACACAUUCGACACGAGUUAGUGGUGGUUUUUACAUUAUCAUUCUGACAUUCUCACUCCUCUUCUCACUGUCUCAAUUUCUUCAGUUCAGUUCGCGAAGUAAUUCGAUUGCCAACGGAUCGUGAGUGUCUUUUUGGCGAGUUUGAUAUUAUAUCGAGUUGAAGAAAAAAAAAAAAAAAAUUUUUGCACCAUGUGCGUUCGUACAGUAACCGGAAAUGAAACGGACGCAUUGCCGUCAAAUUUGACAGUUUAUAAAGAAGUGAAACAUGAGGAGGCUAAGAAACCGGAUAAAUUAUUAAAAGCAAAAGAGAAAUUUAUCAAAUUGCAUGAUGAUAUGAUUGUUCGCGAGAGAAAACAGAGAAGUGACAUUCAACAAGAAUAUAAUAGCGCUAAUAAUUUUUUGUCAACUGAAGGUGUUUCGUUUAAAUUCACUGUUAAAUUUAGAACAUUGUACGAUAAAUUUUGCAGUUGCUCUGAAGCUUGGAAACACACAAAAACACAUAGAAUUAUAGUAUCUAGCGCUCAAUUAGCACACUUGAUUACGAUACUUUCGGUUCUUAGUGUAGCAUCAGCAGUUUUUCCAAAAAAUGGACGAACAACGGCUGGUCAACAACAAUCGACAUUAUUAUCAUUUCUUUAUCUAUCGUCAUUUAUAGUACACUUAGGAUCACAAAUUUGGAUGACUUUCGUCUCCGGAUUAUCGCUGUAUUUCGCAUUACCACGUCACACCUUCAGCGAAAUUCAACGUGUUCUUUUUCCAAGAUAUUUUACAAUAAAUGCGUGCAUGAGUUUCAUAACCCUUCUCAUUUUCGUUAGUCGUCAUCCUGCACAUUCUUGGGAUUUCGAGUUGAAAGUACAGGUUUUUGGAAUGGUUUCAGCAUUUUUCUUGGAACUAAUGAUUCGUUUGUACAUGACACCAAUUCUCCUGCGUCUCAUUGUUCAAAAGACAUCAAUAGAAGCGACCGCAAAAGUUGGCAGUGAAAUUGGACAUCACAAUUUUGGUGUUUUAAAGCACUGUCCACAUUAUUUGAAAAUUUACAAAACCUUCCGUCUGGUUCACAGUACAAUUGCCGUUGGCAAUUUGUGCACAAUGGCAUGCACUCUUCUACACUUAUACUAUAUAUCAAGCAAAUUAUGCAUACUAUAAAUCUCAUUAAAAUUAGUUAAUAUCUAGCAAUUAAUUCAUUUUUUAUCAACACUUUAUUUCAUUAACUAGUUAACUAGUUAAUGCAAAUAAUGCCGAUAAUAUUAUUAAUACAAAUACCUACAAGACUCACGUGUCUCCAUUUUGUAGGUUUUCAAUCAUUUUUAUUUCAUUUUUUGACGAAAAAAAAAUCAUUUUGAUACAUUAAAUAUUAAAUUAUUAUUGUAACGCACAUUAAAUAUUAGGUUUUUCAAAAAUUGAAUUUUAAAACUUUUAAACAUAAUAUUUUCUCGUUAAUAAACGACUGUCUGCUUAAAAAGUUGUCAGGGUCAGAUGGACCCACAUAUUUUAAAUUAUGACUUUCAAGAGUAGCGCACAUGUCGCUUCCUAUAGCAAAAUUAUUAAAUCAAUUCGAGGUAGUAAAUUGUACUUAAUAUUAAAUACACGAAAUAAAAUGCAAUUAGUAUCCAAUAAAAUUGUAAUAAUAAUAAUAGCAAACAUUAUUAAAAAAAUAACAAAAUAAUAAAGUAUAAAGUAACAUGUUUGAAAAGUAUUAAAACGAUCUACGACAAUCACAAAUGAGCUACAGAAUUAGAUAUAAGUAUUUGAAAUGAUCUACGAAAAUAUUCAAGUAUUACAUAUUUAUAAUAAUUAAUAAUUCUAAUAAUAAAAAAUAAUAAUUGAUAAUUUAAAUUUAAAUAAUGUAAUAAUUGAUAAUGUCUGAAAAAUAUAAAAACUGCCUAAUAUUACGUUAAAAAAUUAUAUUAAGACAAGUGCAAAAAGAAAUUAGGAAAAAUAAUAAUCAAUUAUUUCUAUUACACUCGUAUAAUAAAAUAGGAAUUAAAUUUAAUUAGUUAAAUGUGUAGUUUUAAGUUUUGUUUUGAGUGAAAUAUGAUGUACUAUUUAUUUUGCAAUCGAGAAAAAAUGAAUGUAACUUCUUUAAUAAUCGACUUGAAUAUACUAUAAUUAUGUAAUAGAAAAAAUAAUUUUAACUUUAUUGUGAAAUAUAUAUGCGAAAAAAUAAAACAAAACUAAUUAUUCAA